UUGGUAUGCUUUAUUUUGUGAAUAUCUGGACUCUGCGAUCGUGGUGUGGUGAAGCGCUUGAGGGUUACUUAUACCAAUCCUGCUGUCACAGUUGACGAUGCAACCCAUCGCAGGUUCAUCUGGUUCAUCUACAACUCAGGAUUUGAAGGAGGAAGUGGAUUCUCGGUCUAUCUAUGUUGGAAAUGUUGACUAUGCAUGUACAUCUGAAGAAAUCAGGCGACAUUUUCAAGGAUGUGGAGCUGUGAACAGAGUGACAAUUCUGACGACCAUAUCUGGUCAACCAAAAGGAUUUGCUUAUGUUGAGUUUGUUGAGGUUGAUGCUGUUCACAAUGCUCUCUUUUUAAAUGAAUCAGAACUGCAUGGUCGGAAACUGAAGGUCUGUGCCAAGCGUACAAACAUUCCUGGAAUGAAACAGUAUUCUGGGAGAAGACCUUUUGCUUCAAGAUAUAGAAGGCCUUCAUUCCAUCCUCAACCUGGUUAUGGAAGGUUUCCAAGGUUUGGCCGACCCAUGCAAUAUUACAGGCCAUACUAAUGGUCAACCACAGUUUAAUGGCUGGUUGAUUGCAAAUCUGUGAGAUGAUGAGGACAAGGCAUUCUUAAUUUCCCAUUAUAAUAAUUUCCAUUGAUGGAAACAAGAACGUGUCUCUAAAAUUGCAUACCAAACCUAUUGCCCUUGCCUUUUUCAACUCUGGAUUUGUGCUAUGAACAAUUGACAUUGACUGCUUAGUUACUGAACUCGUAUAUUCCUUGAUGUUUGGCAUUUAGGUUUGCUCAUAUAUCUGUUGAUUGGAUAAGUAUGUGUGGAAAGUCCUCUAUAGGUUCUUUCUUUGAACUUCUGAAAUUAUCAACUUCUAUGUUUGAUUUAUAAAUAAA